AUUAGACGUAUCCCUUUUUGGUGGUGUUGUUUUUAAAAUGCCCAUGUGAUUGUGAGAACAAUAAUUAACAAUACAUAAAAAUGACCAUUGUUAAGAAGAAAAAGCGUGUGUCCAAAAAAUCUAAAACAGCUUGGCGCAAGCACUGUGAUAUCGCUGAUGUUGAAGCGUUUUUGGAAGACCAGCGGUUGGAGGAAAGACUUGGUAAAUUUGAAACUAAACCAGAUGAAGAACUGUUUGUUCUUGACACUAAAGGGGAGGAGGAGGACGUCAAACCUGACAUCAAACCGUUAUCUGCUAAACAGCUGAAGAGAGCCAAGUUAGCAGAGACACCCAAGUGCUUUCAUAUACUAAUAAAUAGUUCCAAGGUUUCAGACCCAAAUGCAAAACGCAACACUGUGAAACAACCAGGCACAAAGUCCACAGAUCUCUCCAAAUUGUCAGAAAAACGACAACUAGAGAAGGGUACUCUACAAAAGAAAUUAGAACUAAUGAAGAAAAACAAAAAGUUAGCCGUAGUAAAGAGAAAAAAGGGACAAACAAACAGACAGAGAUAUGAUAAGGAUAUUUGGGAGAAAAGUGAGCUAGAAGCCAAGGGCAUACCAGAGACACUAUGUGACGACUUCAUCUCCCCCGAGGCUCAGCUCCACAAUGUGCCCGUCACUAAGAGGUUGAGGUCCAAACCGCCUCCUCCGAAGACUGUGGUGUCCAGGGCAGCGGUGGAAGUUCCUCAUCCUGGAGUCAGUUACAAUCCCUCUUACAAGGAACACCAAGAGUUACUGCAAGAAGUAGUAGUGCAUGAACAGAUGAUGAUGAAGAAGCAGGCUCACCUGCAGAGGGUCACCACUGGCAUGUUCCGCAAGAUCACUCCUCAGGAGAAAGAGAAUCAAUGGCUAGAGGAGAUGAGCACAGGCCUUCCCCACCCUCACAACCCGGCCACAGACCAAGACCCGACAGAAGAGCCUUCUGAUGACGAGUACAAGGCCAUCAACCCGCCCGUGCAGAACAAGAAGAAGGACCAUAAGACCAGAAGGAAGCAGAAGGAGAGGAUCUUGGAAAAAGAAAAGUUGAAGCGGCAGAAGAUUGACAAGCAGAAGAUUACAGAUAUUUACAAGCUACGUAAAAUCCAAGCAUCAGUUUCAAAGAAAGAGCAACUGGACGCAAAGUUGCGUGAGAAACGCACCUCGAAGCGCUUGCAGCGCGCCACCACAGCGCUGCCAGCGCUCAAUGCGCACAAGGCGCCCGUCAAGGAGCCAGAGUUCGUUGACCCCAAGCAGCUUACUGGUGACUUGAGGAACAUAUCCGGAUCAGCGAGUCUCCUCCGCGACCGCUUCCAGUCGCUGCAGCGGCGCGGUGCGCUGGCCGCCUCCAAGAUCAUGAUGACGAAGAGGAAGAAGCUCAAGAAGUACUACAAGCCCGGACACAAGGUCACCGACCAGGAUGUGGACAACUUCAUGAAGAAGUCACAGGCCAAGGCAAUGGCAACUUUAUUGAGAGACAAAUAAAGUUCAUUUUGUUGCAAUAUAA